AUGAGUCGCAAGAACACCGCUGCCUCGCUAUUGUUACGACAAUACAGAGAACUCACAGACCCAAAGAAAGCUAUUCCUAGUUUCCAUAUCGAGUUGGAAGAUGACUCCAAUAUCUUUUUGUGGAACAUCGGGGUGAUGGUUUUGAACGAGGAGUCCAUCUACCACGGAGGUUACUUCAAGGCACAGAUGAAGUUCCCAGACGACUUUCCUUUCUCCCCACCAACGUUCAGGUUCACUCCUGCGAUCUACCACCCAAACGUCUACAGGGACGGAAGGUUAUGCAUCUCGAUUUUGCACCAGUCCGGGAACCCAACGUCGGAUGAGCCCGACGAAGAAACAUGGUCCCCAGUACAAACAGUCGAGUCUGUCUUGAUCUCGAUAGUCUCCUUGUUGGAGGACCCUAAUAUCUCCUCGCCUGCAAACGUCGACGCCGCCGUCGACUACAAGAAGAACCCAGAACAAUACAAGCAGAAGGUGAAACUAGAGGUGGAAAGAUCGAAGCAGGAUAUCCCACAAGGCUUUGUAAUGCCAGAGUCUACCAAGGCCUACGUCUCCCAGAGAAGAGCUAACGAGGCUAUCGACAGCAUCAAGGAUACUGUGGGUGAUAAUUUCUGGUACGAUAGCGACGAAGGCGAAGAAGACGUGGACAUUUAUGCAUAUGAGGACUCCGAUGAAGACGAAGAAGAAGAUGAUGAAGACCAAAAACUUGACGGCGCUUCUUUCGGCAAAGAUCAUUCCUCCUCCCGUUUGAACGCAAACAACGGCAAGAACGACAUCGAUUCAGAUGACGACGAGGAUCUGGUGCCUGAGGAAGCAGAAGACUCCCUAGACGAAAGCGUCAUGGAUAGAAGGAGUAAACUUAUCGAAGAAUCAGAAGAGCUUGAAGAUACAGAGAUGAAAUAG